CUACAUUGGGCCAUGUGGGGGCCGCAACUGCAGUGCUGGAUGCAAAUGUUUUCCAGAGAAGGGUGCACGGGGUCGACCAGGACCAAUUGGGCUUCAAGGACCAAUAGGAGCACCUGGAUUUACUGGCCCAGAAGGUUUGCCCGGAGCCAAAGGUGAGAGAGGAGCAGUGGGCCCUCCUGGACCAGCUGGACAGAAAGGUGACAAGGGUCCAAUGGGAGUUCCAGGAUUCCAGGGCAUCAACGGGAUCCCAGGUCACCCUGGGCAGUCGGGACCCAGAGGCCCUCCUGGCCUCGAUGGCUGCAAUGGCACCACUGGGAGUCCUGGCAUUUCUGGACCUGAUGGGUUUCCUGGCCUACCUGGACUGCCUGGUCGUCCUGGCCCAAAAGGCCUCAAAGGAGAACCUGUUUUUGCUCAAGGCAGUCUUAAAGGAAUGAAGGGUGAAAAUGGUCUUCCUGGACUGGAUGGAGUUCCUGGCCCAAAGGGUUUUCCAGGUGCAAUAGGUCCUGCAGGCCCUAUAGGAUUACCAGGUUUGCAGGGUCCAGUGGGUCUUCCUGGGCAACCAGGUCCCAAAGGUAACAUGGGAUUAGGCUUUCAAGGAGAGAAAGGAGAAAAGGGUGAUGUGGGGCUGCCUGGGCUUCCAGGUCCCCCACCAUCCACUGGAAUUCUGGAAUUCAUGGGAUUUCCAAAGGGGAAGCAAGGAGAAAAGGGAGAGCCAGGUCCUCGAGGAUUCCCUGGAGACCAAGGAUUGCCUGGCAUCCCGGGCUUUGCAGGUGUUGGAGAAAAAGGAGAAAAAGGUGUGCCUGGCUUACCAGGUGGCAGGGGUCUUUUGGGACUGGAUGGAUCUGAAGGAAUUCCAGGGAGAAAGGGCCACCCAGGUGUUCCAGGCUAUCCAGGACUGGAUGGAGUAGAAGGCAUGAAGGGUGAAUUAGGUGACAUCGGUCCCCCAGGUCCUCCUGUCAUUAUUGACAGGGAAGGUGUAGUCAUUUCAGGUGCCCCAGGUGACCCUGGAAACCCAGGAAUACCUGGUCCUCCAGGAGAUGAAGGAAUUGUUGGCUUACCAGGCCUUCCAGGGGCUCCAGGGUUUCCAGGCCUGGAGAGAGAUGGAAUGGGCCCUGGAGGGUCUCCAGGUAUUCCAGGAGUGAAGGGUGAAGUUGGAGAACCAGGAAGAGCAACAAUUGGAAUACCAGGCCCUCCUGGCAGAGGUGGUUUGCCAGGUCUGCCAGGGGCGCCAGGAUUGCCUGGUUCACCACGCCCUUCAUUCUCCCCAGGGAUAAUCCUGAGUGGAAGAACUGGGGUCCCAGGGGAGCCUGGGCCAAGAGGGCUGCCAGGAGCUUUGGGUCCAAAGGGCUACAAAGGAGAGGCAGGUGAUUGUGCUUGUGAUGGAGGAGUUACAAGAGCUGGCCUAAAAGGCAUCUCAGGCCCACCAGGUCCAUCAGGAAGCCCUGGUGUGCCUGGUGCCAAGGGCAUUGGUGGGGACCCAGGCUCUGUGGGAGCACCAGGACUGCGAGGCCCUCCGGCUUCAGCUGGUCAGCAAGGACUUCCAGGCCUUAAGGGAGAAAAAGGGGAUCCAUCCUAUGCAACAGUCAAAGGUGCUCGUGGGGACCGCGGUGCGACAGCACCCCCAGGACCUUCAGGCAUCCCAGGAGCUCCGGGCAGGGAUGGACUUCCAGGCCUGCCAGGCCCACCAGGCCCUCCAGGUGAUGAUGGGCUGGGUUUCCCAGGUGAAAAGGGUCUGCCAGGAUUGCCUGGCUCCAAGGGCCAUCGAGGAGAGCCUGGUUCUCCUGGUGUUGGAUACCCAGGCCCUAGUGGAGUUCGUGGACCACCAGGUGACAGUGGAAUGGAUGGGUUUCCAGGACAAGCAGGUCUUCCAGGCCCUCCAGGUAUCACCUUGCCCUGCAUAGUUCCUGGAGCUUAUGGGCCCCCAGGGACUCCCGGCUUUCCAGGACUGCCAGGUCCCAAAGGCAGCAAAGGCUUUUCUGGCAUUCCAGGCCAACCUGGAUUACAUGGGUCUAAAGGACAGCCAGGGUCUCCAGGAAUAAUAAGCUUGCAAGGGGAACCUGGCUUCCCUGGACCUCGAGGAGAGCAAGGCUCACAAGGACUUCCAGGACUGGAUGGAACAGAUGGUUUGCCUGGGAAAAGGGGUGCUCCAGGCUUAGCUGGAAUAAAAGGAGCUCUUGGAGAUGUAUUUGGUGCUGAGAGUGGAGCUGUGGGAGAGCGUGGCCGACCUGGACUUCCAGGUGAUAAAGGGCUUACAGGUGAUAUUGGAUUUCCAGGACCAAAAGGGCUGGAUGGAAGACCAGGCCUCCUGGGUGUUAAAGGUGCACAGGGUCAGCCAGGAUAUUCCGGUGUCCCUGGACUGCGGGGUCCUCCCGGCCCUGGAGGCCCUUUUGGCAUUAAGGGAAAACCAGGACCCCUGGGGUCAGCUGGCCUGGCAGGAGCACCAGGACCUCCUGGAGUCAAAGGUGUGGCUGGGGAUGUAGGACCACAAGGCCCUGCUGGCAUGAAAGGCUUCCCAGGUCUUGAUGGUGCUCCAGGAUCUCCUGGGGAAAGAGGAUUCGUAGGGCCACCUGGGCCCUUUGGUCAGGAUGGACAUCCAGGUUUCUCUGGGCCAAAAGGUGAGAAGGGCUCUUCUGGCCUGCUUGGUUUCCCUGGUAUGCCAGGACUGCCUGGUGUCCCUGGAGUGAAUGGGUUUAAAGGAGCUCCUGGCACAGCUGGAGGAAAAGGAGGUCCAGGAGCUGUGGGACUUCAAGGUCAAAAAGGUGACAGAGGUGAUAUAGGUCCACCAGGUGUUCCUGUUCUUGGGACUUCAGAACAGGCACUGCAAUUUAAAGGAGACAAAGGAGAUCCUGGAUUAGCUGGACUGGGAGGAUUUCCAGGACCUAGAGGUGAUAAAGGAAUGCCAGGAAGCCGUGGGCAGCCUGGUCUCCCUGGUCCAGUUGGGUCACCAAGCAAAGAGAGAGGUCCUCAUGGUGACCCAGGCUUCCCUGGCCCACCUGGACAACCUGGCCUGCCAGGACAGAAGGGUGCACCUGGUAUCAUGGGAUUUCCAGGAAUGCCAGGAGAGAGGGGUUCAGAUGGCACCACAGGAAUACUUGGAUUCCCAGGACCUAUUGGCCUUCCUGGUCCAAAGGGUGAACAGGGAGAGUCUGUUGGUGUUCCUGGCACUGCUGGUCCAAAAGGAGAGAGAGGAGACCCAGGGUUUCCAGGAGAGAGAGGGAGAGAAGGACUCAAGGGUGAACCAGGCUAUCCAGGAAACACUGGGGUGAAUGGACCCAAAGGCAGCCCAGGAGAUCUUGGCCAGGAAGGACCAGCAGGAAUCUCUGGAAAUGCUGGGCUGAGAGGAGCCCCAGGCCCACCAGGACCCCCAGGACAGCCAGGAUCUGUCGGAUUCCCUGGAGCUCGUGGAACAAUGGGACCUAAAGGCUUUCAUGGAUUUCCAGGUUUAAAUGGUCUGAAUGGCUUGCCAGGCACAAAAGGCUCUCCUGGAACACCAGGUCUGAGUGAAGCUGGACUGAAAGGACCUGCAGGUCUCCCAGGUCCAAAGGGUGAAGAAGGCUCUCCAGGCUUGGGAAGAGGAGCUGCAGGAUUCCCUGGACCAAAAGGCUCAGCAGGAGACGUGGGUCCCCCUGGUCUUAUGGGAGUGCCUGGCCUGCCAGGAACACCUGGAGUUUCUCUUCCAUCUGAUAUAAGGGGCAGACCUGGAGAUGCUGGUGUUCCAGGCACUGAUGGCAGUUCAGGUUUUCCAGGUGCUCCAGGACCACGAGGGCCCCCUGGCCCAGCUUCUGACCAAGGGGACACAGGCACUCCAGGUUUCCCUGGUGUUCUUGGCUUGAGAGGCAUUAAAGGUGAUGUGGGACUCACUGGUCCAAUUGGACUCCCUGGAGCAUCUGGAUUGAAAGGUGCACGAGGUGAGCCUGGCCUGAUGGGGAUGCCAGGUAAAGAUGGGCCUCCAGGGGAUCCUGGUUAUGCUGGCCUGAAAGGUGAAAUGGGCCCUCAAGGUCUCCCUGGCAGACCAGGGGCUCCAGGAAUAACCCCACAGCCAGAAGAAGUCACAGCCCCUCCCGGAUUACCUGGUCUGCCAGGAAUUGAUGGCGUUCAAGGCUUUGAGGGAGACCCUGGAUUCCAUGGCCCAGCUGGAAAACCAGGCCCAAAAGGUUUGCCAGGAAGAUCUGGUUUGAAAGGACGUGAUGGCUUACCUGGAACCCCUGGCAUAGCUGGGGAUCCAGGACUUCCAGGUGCCCCAGGAUUACAGGGAUUUCAAGGGGCUGUUGGGAAGCCGGGGCCCCCUGGGCUGCCGGGCAUGCCGGGCCGCAGCGUGGGCGUUGGCUACACCCUGGUGAAGCACAGCCAGUCCGAGCAGAUCCCGCCCUGCCCCAUCGGCAUGAGCAAGCUCUGGGAUGGAUACAGCCUCUUGUAUGUGGAGGGGCAGGAGAAGGCCCACAACCAGGACCUCGGCUUUGCUGGCUCAUGUUUGCCUCGCUUCAGCACCAUGCCUUUCAUUUACUGCAACAUCAAUGAGGUGUGCUACUACGCCAGCCGAAACGACAAGUCCUACUGGCUCUCCACCACUGCUCCCAUCCCCAUGAUGCCCGUGGACAGCGUCCAGAUCCCACAGUACAUCAGCAGGUGCUCUGUGUGUGAGGCACCUUCCCAGGCUGUGGCUGUGCACAGCCAGGACAUCACCAUCCCACAGUGUCCCCUGGGCUGGCGCAGCCUGUGGAUAGGAUACUCCUUCCUUAUGCACACUGCAGCAGGGGCAGAGGGCGGAGGCCAGUCCCUGGUCUCACCUGGCUCCUGCCUGGAGGAUUUCCGAGCCACUCCUUUCAUCGAGUGCAACGGGGCUCGGGGCACGUGCCACUACUUUGCCAACAAGUACAGCUUCUGGCUGACCACGGUGGAGCAGGGGCAGCAGUUUGUCAGUGCUCCCCCCUCAGAGACUCUCAAGGCGGGGCAGCUUCGGACUCGCGUCAGCCGCUGCCAGGUGUGCAUGAAGAACUUGUAGUAACAGCAGUGCAGAUAUGGGAACAGUCUUUGUUACCCCACGUUAGACAUCGCUGCCUGGAGAAGGGUAAAUUCACAAACCUCUUUUGUGUGUGUUUGAUGGGUAAAUCAAGACAGCCAGAACUCUACAGAAAUCAAGUUUCAAGUCCAGGAAUUUGUGCGCAGAGGAGGGAAAGACCAGUGUUCUGAAGCCAUUUUUUAAUGGAACAUGGUGCUAUGUUUUUACUUUGAUGUUUUUUUCCCCUCUUUUAUGGCUACCUCAGAAAGUCUCAGUGAGUUCCUUACUCAGACUGAAGAGCAGCUGACACUUUGUACCACUCCUCUGUCCAAGGCACAUCCAGUCAUCACCCAGAGACACUUUGCCAAAACUAGGCUGAAUUAGUGCCUUUGCACACAGUAUUUGGUCUAGUGUAAGGGAGUGGAGACUCCUGUGAAACACAGAACCAGCAAAAAUUUAUCAGGGUAUGCUGGGUGACUUGGAAACACUAUGCACUAAUGGUUGAUAAUGGAUUUUCUUUAAAAAAUUGAAAAAUGAAUUAUUUGCUUUGCUUAUUACACAGAUGGAACAUUCUUUCCUCCAGUGACAGGUAACCAGUUCUAAUACAGCCUGCUAUCCACAGCCUACCUUCAUGCAAUUUUUCAUGUGAAGAUAAAUCCAAAACAUCUCUACCAUUUUUCUUUGCUUUCUGUUGAAAUAUAUUCCAGGUCUGUUGGCUUCAAGGUCUGUGCUUAUCUCCUUGCAGCCACUGAUAUACAGCCAUACUUUAUUAGCCAACAUUUAUUACUAUGAACAUAAAUUUCCUUUCUGAGGCAGCUUUGGCACACUUAUUUUCAAGCUUAUUAUUUAAGCUGUGUGUGUUUGAAAAGUAGAGCCUUCACUAGAUGGCACGCAGGCUUAUGCAGACACAGGAGUAAGCAGCUAUGGGAUGUACAUUUUUUACUCCUGCAGUCACCAUGUGUUGUAUCCUGCUUCCUCUGGGCUUUAUUGCUGUAAGUUUAAAAAAUUGUAUCUCUACUGUCUGCACUGUUAACUUUCCUUCAGGGCGUAAUUAAAGAGAAGUGCCACUAA